AUGAAGAUGUGGACUUGGGUUUGGAAUACGGCCGGAUUGCUUCUUUUUUUCAACUUGGAUGUUGUUAAUCUGGUGCCAGAGACGGACUUCUGUAAAUUAAAAAACUGCCCAGCCGACAAGGAACUUCCACAUCUUGGUUGCAAUAACAAGGGGAAUUGGUCGUCACAGUGCGGAAAGGACCCAAAGAUCAUUUCCGUACCCCAGAAGUUACAGAAGUUCAUAUUGCACUACCACAACACGUAUCGGGAUAUUGUGGCUGGAAGCAAAUUCCAUAGGUUACCCAUUGCUGCGCGCAUGCUUAAAAUGGAGUGGGAUCGUGAUCUAUCGCAGUUGGCUGAGCUCCUUGUGAAACGCUGCGAUCUGCAACCCACAAAACACUGCAUUUCCACGGAAGAAUUUGCCUCACCGGGACACCAUGUGGUAUACAACAAGUUCAAGGCGAACGCGAAUUCAUUCAGGAUAAUUAGAUCACAGCUACAUGCCUGGUACGAUCAGUAUAAGCACGUCUCUGCACCGAGUUUAAUAGAUGGAUUAUCCAUUGAUAACAAAGAAAUAGGACACUUUCUGAGGAUGAUGGUGGGACCAAGUAACCGAAUGGGCUGUGCCAUUGCCAGAGUCGAAAAAGAUGGAUGGACCCACCAAUGGCUGUCCUGCCUCUACAGCUGUUCACCCAAAAACCACUCCCUACUCUAUGAGUAUUCUGCCAAGCCCGCAAUGUUUUGCACUACCGGAGUUGAUGGAGAGUUCUCACAUCUUUGCAAUGCCUCGGAGCCUGUGCUGAACUGCAAGCAUUCUGACUUAUUCAAGGCAGUCAUCACUAACAAUACUGCAACGAUUAUCAGGGGAAUGAUGAACAAACAGAUCAAAGCCAGGGGUAUUCUAUGCAAUUUCUGUCCUGUUUGCUGCGAAUGGUGGGAUUGGGGUAAAAGCACUUGGGGUCUGGCAACGAAAACUUGGGGUAUGCUUACUGGUGGUAGUGGUGGUGGUGGUGGGGGAGGUGGAGGUAAAGGUGGGGGUGGUGGAGGUGGUGGCGGUGGUGGUGGAGAAUAAAUUCUACAUUGUUUCUUUCAUGUAUAGCUAAAAUACAACAAGACAAAUAUACAAAAAAUUUAAGUCGAGCAUAAACCACUAUUUUUUAACAAGUAAAAAGUUUUAUCAAUAAAAAUAGUGAUUCCAAA